AUGGAUUCUCAAUUAAAAGCUUUGACGCUGAAAGAACCAAUAGAAUAUGUUGAUAUAACCGAUUGCUUAAAGAACCUUACAAACAAGUUAGAUGCAAAAAGUAUAAUAAAGGAUUCUUCUUUCGAUCUUUUUGAGGGUACCCAUGCUUUAGAAAUUAACAAUUGCAAACUUGAUUCAACUUUGUUAGACCUUCCAGCUGAAGAUAUUGAAUUCUCAUGUAACAUAGCUUACGGCAAAACUAAGGCGGAAAGAAUAUCCUAUGUGACAAGCAUUGUUGAUAAAUUAAGCCGUUCUAUUAUGGAUUGGUUGAAUGACUAUCAAAGUCUGCCUACAACGGUCUUGAGCUGCCAAUAUCUUGAGUAUUUGAGCAUGAAAUAUAAGGAAAGCGGUAAUGUGACACUCACCAGUAUGCACCUAAAUACCGGAUGUGACCUAUAUGAUCAAGUUCUAUCGAGUUGUGCUACUGCAGCAAUAUAUAUGAUAAACUUUGCUAGCUCACUUCUACGUGCAGGUGUUAUUUAUCAAGAAGAGGACUUGAAUUGCUAUACUAUGGGAUUAGAAAUUCUGACAGAAGUUUUAAUUGACGAUGUUGCUGCUGAACUGCGAAAAACUAUUACUGUUUUAAAAACCAAAUUUCCAGAUGCUAAGCGCUUGAUGCAGCUAGUGCUCUUAUUCGAUAACCUGCUAAAAAUUCCUGACUAUAGACCGUUGAUUGAAUUCCCGCCUUCAGACAAUAUGCAGCCAUUACACGACCUAAUUGAGAUUGCUGAGAAAUUGGAAGCCGAAGAAUGGACUGGAGUUGUACCGCCCGGCUCUUUCUCGCAAGUGAUCCAAAAAAGAUUGUCUAAUCAUUUCCCACCGAAGGCCCUUUACGAGUCAUCUUCAGGACAAUUUAAAGCUUAUGCCAACAUGGCUGCAGAUAUCCUUACGGUUCUCAAUGUUCGUAAUGCUGUAACUGUCUUUGAGAUACGGCAGUUUGCAUGGUUUUUUGAGAAAUGUAAACAGAGACACGUUGUGGCAAGAGCUUUGUUUCCAUUGUAUCUAAUGAGGGAUGAUCAAUCAGUGUUGGGCGUUUACUCGUUCACCGAUUUUACUUACCAAACUCUAAUGCAGUUUUCUCUGUGUGCGAGUAAGCUAGAGCAGUCAGCUCCUGAAGAACUUGAAGAAAUUCAGUUGGAACUAGACAAAUUCUACCAGGAGAUGUCCAGUAUAAAUUUCGAAUGGUAUCAAAACCUGUCCCAAAAUGUUUGUAGGUACCGGCAGGGAUACAACCGCCAAGUUCUUCUAUGGGACUCACUCCAAGCAAACUUGCAACACUUCGAAAUGACCCUGGAAAGUAAAGGACUGGUUGAUGAACUACCGGAUGGUCCUUUUUUUCCCCUCAAUACAUGGGUAUAUUUCAUGAAGGUUACCGCAAUGCUUGAAUAUAUUUUGAAAGGCUUCGAUCUCGAGGUGUACAAACCUUGGGAAUCCUUCACUAUGAAUUGGUACGUCUAUUAUCUAUGUAACAGCCUCGAAUGCUGCUACGAAAGAGUACGAGCCUUUGCAGAACAAAAAAUAACGUCUAUACGGGCAAUGAAUAAGAAGCUCAAGAAAAUGAAGAGCGGUCCUAGGAAAGACUCUCUCAAGCAAACGUACCAGCGAGUAAUGGCUACAACAAUGCCGCAGCUACGUUACAAUGUACAAUGCAUAAAUUUUCUCGCUAAGGACUGUGAAAUUAUGAAGGCAAUAGCGCUUGCACAAGUUUUCCAAUUCGGUAUCCUUAGAUCAUUCAAAAUCAUUGACAAUAAACAUCCGGGCGAUAUUAAGUUCACCUCAGAUGAGCUUCUCCACGAUCUACGUUUUAAAUCAUUUUCAUCCAUUGGAGUUCCAAAACUACCAGACCAUGGAGCUUUUCAGGAAACCCUAGAGGCUUUUACACCAUCGAAUCCAAAUUUUGAGUCCAAAUUAAAAACGUCAGUGUUACUCCUCAAUGAGGAAUUGGAUGCUGCUGAUGAUGCGGUAACUCUCUUGCUAAAGUGCAUAAACACUGAAGAUAAGUCACAUACAGAUAUUGCCACUGGUACUCGUUUGGUGUCUGAAGAAGCAGUAGAAUGGUACACAUCUAUAAAGAUGUCCAUUGACGCGAUCCGUAGCAAUGCCGACGACACGUUGGAAAAACUUGGCAGUAAAACUUCUAAUAAUAACUCUACUGCAUAUAGAGGUAGUCUAAAAUACCUUCCUGGUACUUGUAGAUUCUUCCCACUACUUAAAGUAGAAACUAUUGAGUAA